AUGCCGAAGCCUUCUCAAGGAUGCCCCAAUCCUUUAUUCAAACGCUGGCUGGAAGAAUGGCGGGACCAGGCCGCCGAGCGCGGGCGCGUUAGGCUCCAACGGGCUUAUGAAAGGGCACUGAGCUCCCUCCACAAGUAUCCGCUCCCUCUGAGCAGUGGGCGUGAGGCCCGGAUUCUGCAGUGCUUUGGGGAGCACAUCUGCCGCCAGUUAGAUGAGCAGCUGGAAAAGCACCGCCACACACAGGAGGAUCUGGUGGCCCCAACUACCUCUGGGAGUGUGCAAGAAGACUGUGACCCUUCCAGUAACAAAGAUGUACUGGCCAGUGACAUCCCAGUAAUUCUGCCUGCCUCAUGUUCUAUCGAGCCAGACCAGCUUCAAGGGCAGCACUUAAAGAAAACCAAGCCUGUGUCACACCGCCGUGCCCGUGGCUACUUCCCAGCUCAGCGGUCUGGGGCCUGUGCCGUGUUGGUGGCUCUCUACCAGGACUGCACUAGUCCUCACACUCGCGGAUACCUGACGAAGUCGGAGCUGCAGCGAGCAGCCCAGCCACUGUGUGAUAAAUCUUUCUUUCUGGCUGGUCCUGGGAGUAAGAUCACGGCCUGGUCGGCAGUCAGCACUUUGAUUCGCAAGGAGCUAGUCCUCAAGACCAAUAUCCCAGCUAGGUAUUCUCUAACAGAGACUGGGCUCGCCUUGGCCAAGGAGCUGUUCGCCUUGGGAAAGCCGCCUCUUUCGCAAGAUAAUGACCUCGGCCACCCCGCUGCUGGAACUGAAGAGCCCUUAGUGGAUUCAGAGGGAGAUGACGGGCGGUGCUCAGACCAAGACGCCACUCUUGAGUGACCAAGAGCAGAGGCGUUUAAGCCCCUGUUUACUUUUCACCCCAGACAAUUUGAUGUUAUUCUGUGUGUGGAUUUCAUUGAAACCACAGGGGGCCCCACAUCCCGCAAACGAGACUUGGUGAAUGAACUCGAGCGAAACGGGGUUCCUUUCAGCAUCCGGAAGCUUCAUGUUGGAGAUUUCCUCUGGGUUGCCAGGGAGAGGCACUCUCCAGUUGCAGGGCAGCUGCAAGCACUGACAGCUCAGGAGCUGGUGCUGGACUAUGUGGUGGAACGGAAACGGAUGCCGGAUUUGUGUGGCAGCAUCAUCGACGGCCGUUUUCGUGAGCAGAAGUUCCGUCUGCGGCAGUGUGGCAUUUCCCACCCCAUCUACCUGGUCGAAGACUCAGGCUCUGUGCAACACCUCAGCCUCCCCGAAAAGACUCUGCAGCAAGCAAUCACCAACACCCAGGUGGUAGACGGCUUCUUUGUCAAACGCACCCAUGAUAUUCGGGAAUCAGCUGCAUAUCUGACUAUUAUGACGCGUCACCUGACUAAGUUGUACGGGGACAAAACCCUUCUGAGUUGUACCAAGGAGGAGUUGGAGCGUGAGCGCCCCCUGCAGCCCAGGAAUGACUCCUGCAUGCUCCUGACCUUUGCUGAGUUUAAUGAGGGAGCCGUGAAGAACAAGCCCCAGACAGUGAGUGAGGUCUUUGCUCGGCAGCUCAUGCAAAUCAGUGGCAUCAGUGGAGAGAAAGCAGCUGCCAUCCUGGAGCGAUACAAGACGCCAGCCAGCCUUCUAGCUGCCUACACCACCUGUACAACUGCACAGGAGAAAGAGCAGCUGCUCAGUGGCAUCAGAUGUGGCAAGCUGCAGAGGAACUUGGGUCCUGCUCUGAGCAAAACCUUGGCACAGUUGUACUGUAUCCCAGGCCCUCUGCCUUGA